GUUCAGUCAUUAUGUUGGCCAGCCUGUGUUAAGCUGGUGGGAAAUUGGCUUACGCCCGUGCACCAUCUCAUCGAUGAUGAUGAUGAUGAUUAUGACAGUGCUAGCACUACUUCUGAGGAUUCUGAUCCGACCAGUAUUGCUGACGGCCAGAUAGGCAUCGUCAGUCCAGCACAUUCUGGCAUGUUAUUCGGUUUGUGGUCGAGUAAUGCGAGUGUUGGUAACAUCGUGGGCGCUCUGAUGGCUGCGGUCGCGCUGGGCAUUGCAGGAGCGUAUUCAUUUAUGAAGGGAAUAGAG